AUUGCGCCUAUCGCUCAUCUCAAUUACCACACACUGCUCCCUAUCGCCCAUCUCUAGUAGCCCAACACAAGUUUGCAAACGAAAAGGCUACCUCAGAGCGACCAACAACAACAGCUGCAACAUGGGCGCAAGGCAAUCGCGAGAUCCACGUUCCGUUUCAAUGGAAAAUCCAACUCCUGCCGGCGUCCUCGAUAUAUCCGACGAUGUGGUGAAACGCCUGAAGCAGGGUAUAUCACAGCAGGCACGCGAAAAUGCGACCGUUGCGGAGGUGUCGAAACCGGUGCCGAAACCCCAGGAAUCGCCCAAGAAGGUGGUCGUCAAAGAAGUAGCCCCCGCACCCCCAACAGUUGUCUACCAGGCUCCCACGCCCAUCUAUGUGCAGGGCGGCGGACACACGAUCAGUGCGGCUGAUGUGCAGCGUCAAAUGAACCAGGAGCUGGUCAAGAAUGACGAGCUGUGGAAACAGCGUAUGCUGAAGCUUGAGGAGAAUCUGAAAAAGACCAACACCAUCAUGGAGACGGAGUAUGCGAACGCCGUCGAGGGUGUCCACAAGCGGUUUGUGAGCACAGCGGCGGCGCAUAAGGUCCCACCAUGCGGAGACCUCAAGGGCCAGCUUCUCGCCUGCUAUCGUGCGCAUCCCGGCGAGACGCUUAAGUGCAUCGAUGAAGUGACCCAGUUCAGGCAAUGCGUCGAUGUGCAUCGCAUCAAGAAACUGGAUGCCGAAGCCACAGCAGCCAAAGCGCCAGCUGCUGCYGCUGCUGCCAGCAAGGUUGCUGUUAAAGCUGGUUAACGACUUGUUGAACGUUUGAAAUUGUUUCUUUCCUAUUUGGUUACCCCAAACUUAAAAGCCUUCAGAGAUAUGUUUAAACGAGAAGAGCGCUAUCAAGAGCGAGUGUCAUUGUGAACCAUAGUAAAUUAAUUUAAUAUACAUA